CUUUAGUUUCCCUUCCCACUAGACAACAUUUUAUCAAUUAGGCAGAUUCAAACAAGGCUAUUCGUGCACUACUAACAUACACGAACCAUGAAGAGAGGCAGAGACAUAGACAUGGCUAAUUGUUUGAUGUUACUGCCCAAAGUUGGUGAAAAUUGCACCAACCCAUCAAGGGAUAGAGUUUUAAAGGGUGGUGCCUUUCAGUGCAAGACUUGUAACAGGCAAUUCCUUUCAUUUCAAGCCCUUGGGGGCCACCGAGCCAGCCACAAGAAGCUAAAACUCAUGGCUUCAAACCUUUCGUGUUCGACUAUGAAACCAAAGGUGCACCAAUGCCCGAUUUGUGGGCUUGAGUUUGAAAUUGGACAAGCGUUGGGAGGGCAUAUGAGAAAGCAUAGAGCUGCAAUAAAUAAUGGGUUUACAAACCAUGAUCAUGCUGUGCCCAAAUCUAAUGCCACCAAAAGGUUUCGUUUGUGCUUGGACUUGAACUUGACACCUUAUGAAAAUGAUCAGAACCUCAACUUAAGGACACCUGCGUUAAAUUUCUUCAUUUGACUGAGAAAUCUUGUUAAGAGAUUUUAUUUUUUUUAACUAUUUUUUUGGUUCUCAUUUUGUCUUGUUUUUCGUUUAUUGACUUACUCU